AUGCCGUCUGCGAAGAAAGGGACCAAAUCCGACGACGGGAUGACGCCUUAUGAGGAGGAACGAGAUGCGCGGAUCAAGUCGAACGCACUUCGAAUGAAGGAGCUCGGUGUCGCGGAAGCGGCAUCGAAGGUGGCGACGAAUUCGAUGCCGACGAAAAAGCGAAAGUCAAACGUCGGUGCCGAAUCCAAGGCUAAGAAGGCUGCACCCGCCGAGCCGACGCGCCGGAGUUCCCGUGCUCGCGGCGAAGUUAGCUACAAGGAGCCCACAAUGAAAGACUUCGAGGACAUAGCCGCUAUGGAGGAGGACCCCGGCGUCCGCGCCAACGCGGCGGCCAAGGCUGCAUACUCCAAGGAGCGACGCUCGGGGUAUGACCCGAAGGCUCCGAAGCAGGGGUUCAAGCCGGCGCUGGACCUGAGCGAGGGGGUGCGGGACAAGAAGACCGGCAAACUGGUGUUCAAGGAUCAUCCCGAGUUCACCCCGAACCUCACGCCCAAGCAGGUCAUUCAGGCUGGGACGUGGGGUGGUUGCUACUUUCACCCCCGCGGCGGCAAGCAGGGCAUCAGGGGACCGUGCAACAUAACGCACGAGGAGUUCCCCAAGGACUGGUUCGCGGGUCUGAAGCCGGAUCAAUACAGGUCGCGCAGGUAUGACAAGGACAGAAACAAGUACGGCGUCGUGGCGGGUCAGGACCAGGCGUACUGGGAAGAGCACGGCUGGAUCAUCCCCCAGGACCCCCGAGGGUGGUUUCAGUGGUACUGCCGCUUCUACCUUGGGAGGAGGACUAAGGACGACGCGAGGCAGAUCUCACGCUGGGUCGGCGUCGCGGGUGCAAAAGGGAGCGAUGGGACGAUGACACCGUGUCCCCUGUCGUGA